AGGGCCAGGGGUGAGACAAACAGAUCAAAGGUGAGCCCAGUGUGGGCUCCGGACCAGGCUCGGCAGCUGGACCCUGGCACCAUGAGGCUGCUGAUGGUCCUGGGUGUGCUGUGGGGUGCAGCGGCCGCGCUCCCCACCCCACAGUGGCCAGAGCCCAUGUUCGGGCGCCUGGCGUCCCCCGGCUUCCCCGAGGUGUAUGCCAACGACCAGGAGCAGCACUGGGCCCUGACGGCGCCCCCCGGCUACCGUCUGCGCCUCUACUUCACCCACUUUCACCUGGAGCUCUCCCACCUCUGCGAGUACGACUUUGUCAAGCUGAGCGCGGGGACCAAGGUGCUGACCACACUGUGUGGGUGGGAGAGCACGGACACCGAGCGUGCCCCCGGCAAUGACACCUUCUACUCUCCGGGCCCCAGCCUGGACGUCACCUUCCGCUCCGACUACUCCAACGAGAAGCCCUUCACGGGCUUUGAGGCCUUCUACGCAGCAGAGGACAUCAAUGAGUGCCAGGUGCCCCCCGGGGAGGACCCCCCCUGCGACCACCACUGCCACAACCACCUGGGCGGCUUCUACUGCUCCUGCCGUCGGGGCUAUGUCCUCCACCGUGACAAGCGCACCUGCUCAGCUCUGUGCUCGGGCCAGGUCUUCACAGAGCGGACUGGGGAGCUCAGCAGCCCCGAAUACCCGCAGCCAUACCCCAAACUCUCCAACUGCACCUACAGCAUCCGCCUGGAGGAGGAGUUCAGCAUCAUCCUGGACUUUGUGCAGUCCUUUGAUGUGGAGACACACCCUGAAACUCAGUGCCCCUAUGACGUCCUCAAGAUUCAAACCGACAAAAAUGAAUAUGGCCCAUUUUGUGGGAAGACAUUGCCUCCCAGAGUGGAAACGAAGAGCAACUCUGUGACUGUCACCUUUGUCACCGAUCAGUCAGGGGACCACACAGGCUGGAAGAUCCGAUACACGAGCACCGCUCAACCUUGCCCUAAACCGGUGGCGCCACCUAAUGGCCGUAUUUCACCUGUUCAAGACGAGUAUGUCCUAAAAGAUCAGUUCUCCAUCUUUUGCAAAACCGGCUAUGAGCUUCUGCAAGGUUCAUUACCCCUGAAAUCAUACGCCGCAGUCUGCCAGAAAGAUGGAUCUUGGGACCAGUCGAUGCCAGCAUGCAGCAUUGUCGACUGUGGCCCUCCUGAUGAUAUACCCAAUGGGCAAGUGGAAUAUAUCACAGGUCCUGAAGUGACCACGUACAAAGCUGUGAUUCAGUACAGCUGCAAGGAGAUCUUUUACACAAUGAAAACAAAUUAUGAUGGUAAAUAUGUGUGUGACGCUGAUGGAUUCUGGACGAGCUCCAAAGGAGAAAAAUCACUCCCAGUCUGUGAGCCUGUUUGUGGCAUAUCAAACCGUACUACAACAAGUCGUAUAUAUGGAGGGCAAAUUGCAAAGCCUGGUGAUUUUCCUUGGCAAGUUCUGUUAUUAGGUCAAAGUACAGCAGCAGGUGCACUUUUAUAUGAUAACUGGAUCCUAACAGCUGCUCAUGCUAUAUAUGAGCAAAAAGACGAUGUGUCCUCCUUGGACAUUAGAAUGGGUGCCCUCAAGAGACUGUCGCCUCAUUUUACUCGAGCCUGGGCAGAGGCUGUUUUUAUACACGAAGGUUACACUCAUGAUGCUGGUUUCGACAAUGACAUAGCACUGAUUAAAUUGAAGAACAGAGUUGAAAUCAAUAGCAACACCAGGCCUAUUUGUCUGCCAAGAAAAGAAGCAGAAUUCUUCAUGAGGACAAAUGACAUUGGAAUUGCAUCUGGAUGGGGAUUAACCAAAAGGGGUUUUCUUGCCAGAAGUCUAAUGUUUGUGGAGCUACCAAUUGUUGACCACCAAAAAUGUACUGCAGCAUAUGAAAAGCAGCCCUAUCCAGGGGCAAGGGUAACUGAUAACAUGCUAUGUGCUGGCUUAGAAAUUGGGGGUAAGGACAGCUGUAAAGGUGACAGUGGAGGGGCAUUAGUGUUUCUAGAUAAUCAAACACAGAGGUGGUUUGUGGGAGGCAUAAUAUCCUGGGGUUCCAUUAAUUGUGGGAAAGCAGAAGAGUAUGGAGUCUACACAAAAGUUAUUAACUAUAUUCCCUGGAUCAAGAACAUAAUAAAUACUUUUUGAAUGUCUUCAAUCAGUAAGUGGUUCCUUAUUUUUAAAAAUACCUGUAAAAGAUCUUAGCAUCCGCUGUCACUCCACCCAAAACACGAUACCAAACUACAGGUGAAACUGCUAUUACAGACACUUCUCAGCUUGCCAGUUUAAUUCCACCUCUUUCUCUUUGAUUCAAGGGAACAUAAGCCAUUAUGGUGAUAUCCAUUUUUGUCAAUCCAAAAAACCUCAUUGCUUGAAUUUGCAUUUACAUUACUUAAAAAAUCUGGAAUCUUUUCAUACUGGUUGUCUGCAUUUCUAUAAAUUGCCUAUUCAUGUGUUUUGCCUGUUUUUCUAUGUUUUUGGACUUACUGAUCUGUUAAAAGCACUUUACGUGCUGUAGCAUGCAAUCUUGAAUCAUU